GUGCCAGCUCUAUCGUCUCUGUUACUGCAGUUAACAGGAGAGCAACAUGGGGUUCCUCACUCUCUUUCAUGUGGCCUUUUUGGCUGUUUCCCUCUUCGUCUCGGGGACACUUGCUGCCUUUGGGUACACCACCUCCGGCAACAACUUUAUCAUUGAUGCCGGCUCCGCGAACCCUUUGAUUUUCUCCGUGAGCAAGUCCAGCUGCGACAUCAACUCGAUCAAGUACCGAGGCACCGAACUCCAGUAUAGCAAGCAGGGCACCCACAUCGGAUCCGGCCUCGGCAAGGCCACCGUCUCUGUCAGCCAGAUCAAUGGGUCGACGUCCAAGUUCAUCAAAGUGACCUGCGUCACUUCGACCCUGACCCAGUACAUGAUCGUCAAGGAGGCCGACAGCACCAUCUACAUGGCCACAUACAUCACGGCCGAGCCCGCGAUCGGCGAGCUUCGCUUCAUUGCCCGCCUGUUGUCCGACAAGCUCCCGUACGAGUACCCCUAUGGCGAGGUUUCCACCACCAAAGGAUCUUCCUCCACCGUCGAGGGCUCCGAUGUAUUCGUCGUCGACGGCCAGACCCGCUCCAAGUUCUACUCCUCUACUCGCUUUAUCGACGAGGAUUCACACUGCGUCUACGGCGGCUCCGACCUCAUGCACGUCUGCAUCAUCACGCCCCAGCAGGAAUCCUCCUCGGGCGGCCCUUUCUUCCGCGACAUCGACUCCAACAACGCCGGCGACAGCACCAACCUGUACAACUACAUGAACAGCGGGCACGUCCAGACCGAAGACCGCCGCAUGGGCCUGCACGGUCCGUACCUGAUGACCUUUUCGCGCUCGGGCAUCCCGAAGCUCAAGACCGUCGACGUCUCCUGGUUCGGCGAGCUCGGCGUGACCGGCUACGUGCCCGACUCGCAGCGCGGCACCGUCAUCGGGCGCGCCACCGGUAUCCCCUCCGGCUUCGAGGGCGUCGUGCACUGGUACAACGCUGCGGCGCAGUACUGGGUCAGGACAGCCUCCAACGGAGAUUUCACCUCGCCCAAGAUGAAGCCGGGCACCUACACCAUGGUGCUCUACCAGACCGAGUUCAAGGUAGCCACCUCGACCGUGACCGUCUCCGCGGGUCAGACCACCGUCGCCAGCAUCGCCAGCACCUUCAACACCAGCCAUACGACGCUGUUCAAGAUCGGCGAGUACGACGGCCAGCCCACAGGGUUCCGCAACGCCGACAAGUUCUUGCGCAUGCACCCCUCCGACAGCCGCAUGUCGAGCUGGGGCCCGCUGACGUACACCGUCGGUAGCUCUUCGCUGAGCGACUUCCCCAUGGCUGUGUUCAAGAGCGUUAAUAACCCAGUUACGAUCAAGUUCAACUUGGGCAGCGCGCCGAGCCAGGCGACCACGCUAAGGAUCGCCACUACUCUGGCUUUUGCUGGUGCGCGCCCGCAGGUGGUGGUGAAUGGGUGGUCGGCGUCCGCUCCCGCCGCUCCUGUCAAGAUUGAUAGCCGUGGUGUCACCAGAGGCGCGUAUAGGGGGUAUGGAGAGGUCUACGAUGUGGCGGUGCCGGCGGGUAAGCUGGUCAGUGGGACGAAUACGAUCACCAUCAGUGCGCUGUCGGGGAGCAGUGGGGCUACGUUUUUGAGUCCUAACUUUAUCUUCGAUGCCGUUGAGCUCUUUUACUAGAGCUGUGGCGGAGUGGCAGCAGCCUUUUGUCUUCUUACUACGAGUCGAUUCUGCAUCCUUUCACUGUAGUCUCUUUUUUUGGCAUAAAAUAUAGCCUCCCAUGUACACAAGGCUUUACUCAUUCAUACAUACACUUGCGACUCCUGGUUCCCAGCUUAUCCAAAAUCAUAAUCGAAUGACAUGCGUAACAAAUUACGGAGAAACAAGACCUACCUUGCCAUGCCCCUUCCAUCACCAAGCAACGGCCUACCCAGUAUUUCAUUCUCCUCAUCCUCCCCGUUCCCAUCUUCCCUGUC